AUGGACAUCCUAGAGGACAUAGAGAAAUAUUGUCCUCAGACUCCCAACAGCCGAAAAAAGAAAAUAGCCGAGGAAGCUCUUAAUCGCCGGCGUGUGAUACAGAUUGCAUCGGAGUCGUUGCCCGGGAACUUGGGCUGCUUCAAAGACAGCGGCGACCCCCCCACCCUGUCAGGCACCAGCGAGACCUCCAACAAACUCACCAUCCAGAACUGCAUCAGCUUCUGCAGGAAGCAGAGAUACAAGCUCGCCGGCAUGGAGUCCGGGUACGCCUGCUUCUGUGGCAAUGAGGGGGACCUGCCCGCCCAGGACGAGUCCCCGAGCAUGGAGUGUAACCACGUCUGCUUCGGGGACCACACCCAGCCCUGUGGCGGCGACGGCUGGGUCAUCAUCUUCGAUACCCGAGUCGGCGCCUGCGGUGGAAACUACUCCGCCCCGUCCGGAGUGAUCUACUCCCCCGACUUCCCCGACAAGUACGGGGCCGGCCGGGUCUGCUACUGGACCAUCCAGGUCCCCGGGGCCUCCGCCAUCCUCUUCAACUUCACCUUCUUUGACAUCUCCGAUCAGACGGACAUGGUGGAGCUGCUGGACGGCUACACCAACCAGGUGGUGGCACGCUUCGACUGGCGCAGCCCCCCCCGGGAGCUGGUGAACGUCACGGGCGACUCCGUGGUGCUCUACUUCUACUCCGACCGCACCAACCAGGCCCAGGGGUUCGCUCUGCUCUACCAAGCUCUGAGAAGCCAGGACACCAGGACCAUGGAGGCCGAGGGAGAUGAGGAGGAGGGCGAGGACGUCUCCAGCACGGCCGGGCCUCAGCUGGCGGCCGGCGGCGGCGGCGGCGUCACCGAGCGAUCCAACAGCACCUCCAACGGGCGCUCCUCCCACAUCCUCUACGUGAUCACGUCCAGCCCCGGGAAGCCGGAGCACAACAUGCCAGGUCAGUGGGCUGGACGCGGAGAGACCACCGGCCACAGCGCUAUGUGGACCAUCUACGCUCUGGCCGGCCUCCUCAUCCUGACCGUCAUAGCCAUGGUGGCCAAGCUGCUGCUGCACAUCACAGUCAAGUCUCCCAACAUCCCGACGGUCAGCGGCUCCGACAGCUGCAGCCAGAGCACGGCGUCCUCCGAGCCCUGGAUCAUCCUGUACCGACCCUCCACCAUCUCCCUCUUCAAGAAGAAGCUGAAGAACCACCACGGCGACCUCAGCCCCCUGGUGGGCAACUAGCGCCACCGCUGCGCUUUUUUUUCGCCAUUAACCAAACGCUACCGCCACCCACAACUCUUCUGGAACAGGGGCCAUCGGAAGUCAGGGCCCCUCAGACAAUGAAACUCUUCGAGGCGCUGCGCUGACAAGCCACCGACCGAGUGGCUAAUGACAAUGACA